AUGAAUAAAGAUAAGCUAUCGAUCCGUGCUCCACGGCGUUGCGUCGCCAAGAAAACAAUCAAGUAUAAAGAAAGCGAUGAAGAGGAAGAAAAGAAGAAAUCGAUGAAGAAAAAUGUGUGGCUAUGCGUCGAUAACGCAUUUCCAGGACUGACUGCGGAGAGCUCUUGGAAUCUAAUGCAAGGAGAAAUCGAGUUUUUAAAGAAAAGCGUGAUCACUAACAAUGAAAUUGCUCAAACAAAAUUGAUGAGCGCAUUAAAGAAGAUUACAAAAAAAUUCGAGAAAAAAAUGCAAAUGGUCACUUUUCUUCUGGAAUUCAAAAUGAUAUGUGGAAAACUGGUUCGGCGCUGCGCUGAUAUUCAAAACAAUGGAGAAAUUUUCAAACUCAUGAUUGCAGAACUACCCACUCGUAUAAAUUCGGUGUACAAAAUGACCCAAAGGCCGGUUGAGUCGUGGGAAAAACCUAGGAAAAUUGCCUGUAAAUUACUUGAAAUACGAUCUGUGGACACCGAUGCGCGGCCAGCAAAAAAGAAGAAUCACGAUGACAGCCUACCUGUUGAAAAUCAGCUGCACGAGAUUCAAUCUUUCAAUCAUUCAAUGAUGGAGGACUUAUCGGUUGAUGGAACGCCAGAAAAAGAAAUGGAAACCAAUGUUAUCGCUCAACCAGAAAUUGAUAUGGAUUACACAGAGCCAGCUCCAAAAAAACAAAAAAUGUCAACCUGCUCCAAAGACUUUUGCAAUAAAAAACGCAAAGGCAGCUUUGGUAUUGGACAACCGCUUGCUUUCGAAAUUCCAUCCAUUGAGCAGUUUCCUUCAAAUUCGGAUCAAGAGGGGUUGCCAUCCCCAAUUGUCGAUCAUGGGAGCAGCAAUAUGCAGCAUAAAAAUUCGCAAAUCUUCCCUGAGGCCAGUCUAGCAGAAGUUCAUCUUCCCCUUCUUCAACAAGAAUCACUUGCGGAUCAAUUCGAAAUUGAAGUUCAACAAAUGGCUCCACACCAUGCGGACAAUGGAAACAAUAUGGAACACAGAGAAGAAGAAGUAGUAGAAGAAGAGAAUCUGCAAAACGCAGGAGAAGUUUUCCUGGACGUAGAAAACGGAGAUGGUUUUGAAAACGAUGAAGAACUUGUAGACGAUAACGAAGAAGAACUUGAAACCGAAAACGAGGAAGAUCUCGAAGACGAAAGCGAUGAAGAAAUGGAUCCGGAAAUGGAGGCUGCUCUGGGAUUGCUGGCUUUGAAAGAUCCUCAGUAUUUGAAGAGACUCAAUUAG